GCGCCUCCCGGUCGCAGUAGUACAGAGAAACAAGCUGAGAGUAAAACGGAAGAUUUCUGGAAGUAUUUUUGGAGCGUUUAAAAUUCUUAUUUGAAAAAUUUGGGAUUUUCGUUCCUGGUGAAAGUUGUUCGUGACUGUUUGAACGAGACCUGUCCGGAAGAAGCGAGACGAUGAAGUGCAUUAUAGGAAUUGGCGGGGUGACUAAUGGUGGUAAAACCACUCUGACAAAUAACUUGAUCAAGACUUUGCCCAACUGCUGUGUCGUGCAUCAAGAUGACUUUUUCAAGAAACCCGAUCAGAUAGAAGUCGGGGAGGACGGCUUUAAACAGUGGGAUGUUAUCACAGCGUUGGAUAUGGAGGCCAUGACCAACACGAUAAAAGGCUGGAUUGAGAACCCGGUGAAGUUUGCCAGAUCUCACGGUGUCCCUUUGUCUUCUUCCUCUGAUUUGGCCAACACCGACGAGCAGAUCCACAUCUUGAUUGUGGAGGGCUUCCUGCUCUACAACUACCCGCCCCUGCUGGACGUCUUCGACAAGUGCUACUACAUCUCGAUACCCUACGAGGAGUGCAAGAGAAGAAGAAGUACGAGACAGUACACCGUCCCUGACCCUCCCGGCCUGUUCGAUGGCCACGUGUGGCCCAUGUACCUGAAACACAGGAAACAGAUGGAGGACAGUGGCUUGAAUAUCGUGAACCUCGAUGGCUUGAAAUCCAAACAGGAAAUCUACAACCAGGUGUAUGAAGACAUUCAGAACAACCUGCUCAAUCGUUUAUAGCAGGAGGACUCGUCUCCACACCUGUACAGAAUCUGUAAAUAGGCCCAGUGACUUUUUUUUAUGAAGGUUUUUUGUAAUAUUCAUUUUUUUUGUAAAUGGACGAAUGAAUGUUAACUUAUCGUUGUCUUUUUAUCAUUUUUCUGAUGAUCAAUGUUUUAGUUAUUUCUGUGAAGGUGAUUGUUGAACCGCUCGUUACUUUGUUACCAUUACAUUAAACAGCUUGUAUUGGCCCAUUUAUGUGCCAGCCACAUUCACCUGUCAAUAAAAGCAUUAUUUGCUGUUGA